UUCAUAUUCUUCCCUAUUGUGAUUCAAAAGCUGGAGCCACCUUUGAAACCUGCUCUCUCCCUCCCACCCACCUCCUUCUCUCUCUCUUUCUCUUUCAAAUAUUUCUGUGUUUUCUCCUUGCUGAUUCCAUUUUCAAGUCUGCUAAUUCCAACAGCCCACACAUAAUGAAGAAGUUUGUUCUGAGAUUGGAGCUAUCAGACUCCAACGACAAACGCAAGGCACUGAAGACCAUAGCUGCUCUUCCAGGAAUAGAUGAAAUUGCCAUGGACAUGAACAGUAAGCAAGUAACAGUGAUUGGAAACGUUGAUCCAGUGACUGUAGUGAGCAAACUGCGCAAGCAUUGGACAACAGGCAUCAUCUCUGUAGGGCCAGCAAAAGAGCCAGAGAAGAAAGAGGAGCCAAAGAAGGAAGAGCCUAAGAAAGAGGAGGAGAAGAAAGAGGAACCACCUAAGGAGGAAGGAAAGAAAGAGGGGGAAGCAAAGAAAGAAGAAGGAAAGAAAGAUGAUGAGAAGAAGGAGCCAGUUGUAAUAAUGCCAUACUACAGGCAAUACUAUUACCCCCCAGUGAACUCAUACUACAAUUAUGCUCACCACCACAGCAUUGAAGAGAAUCCCAAUGCAUGUGUCAUCUGUUAAAUCCGGCCCGGAAAUAAAAAAGGAAAAAUGAUAAGUGUACUCCUAUAUAGUAAAAUUUCCCCGUAAAAAAAAAAACCUUUCUAUAAUCCCCUAUCCUUGGUCUUAAGUUUUUUAUAGUAGCCAAGAAACUGAAUCACCAUGUGUACAGCUGUUGAUCAUCAUAUUCUAUUUGUCUAUUCAGAAUCAAGUACUGUAUGUUGUGCAGAGAACCAAAUAAACAAAAUUUUUGAGAUCAGCUUUAGUUA